AUGUUGGGUAUUUUGCUUCUUUUCUCUGUGACUCUCAUCUUCUCUGAUGCUGAAGAGCAUGCUGUUAAUGAGCUGUACUCAUUAAUUGGUUCUCCACAAAGUGGCAUGUCUGACUCUACCAACAACCAAACCAGGAACAAAGACCCUCUACCAACCAAUGAGCUGGUUAAUCAAGAUAAAAAAUCUGCAGAUCCCAAGUUUCUACCAUUGCCUGCCGGUCUAUGGCCAAAACACACUGACCCUUUGGCUUCUAAUCCUCGCCCAGGAAAGGGCAAGAAGGGCUCAAGGGACGAACGGCUUCCUGUUGAACACAAUGAUGAAAAGAUACGCAAUAAAGUCAUUCCAGCUAUUGGGACUGGAGUAGUAAAUCAUACACAGCCACAUAAAUCUACUCCUGAAGUGCAAUCAAAUAACCCUCCAACCAGCCUUUCUGAUAUCUAUCAGAACUCCAGAUCACGCAAUCGGCAACAAGUGUCAUCAUCCAACUCACACAGAGAAAGUGGAAAUGGAAGGAUGGAUCCAGAAGAGAACAGGCCGGGCAAAUGGAGCCUGAAUAACAGUCGCCCAUUCAGCACCAACAACCGAAGAUCUUCCAGUCUGCUCUUCCACUUCGACAUCCUCAAGAAAGAAUCUGAUUUCAGCCAUGAUGCUGUGUGUCUGAGUGAAUGCAGAAAGGAAAAGGAUGAGACGGAGCAUUUCUGCUACAGUGAAUUCGCCAUCAAUGGGAUUGUUCACGAUAUUGAUAUCAUCAGGCGAGGCAUCAGGCUGGUCACCUUGCUGGUGAGCAGUGAUGGUUUCUACAAGAUGAGCCGACUCUAUGUUACUCCAGACACAUUUUUCUUCAAGGUGAACCUCCUAGUGCUGGACACCUUCAAAUGUAGCAAGCCUUGUCCUGAUCUCAAACUAGGUAGCAGAUACAUAGUAAUGGGUCAGAUCUACCAUAGAAGACGGCAUCUUCCCGCCAAUCUUCUAGCACUUGUCGGGGGCUCACUAAAACCAGGCGACGGUGUGCUUCGCAGCAGCAACUACGUCAAGCGUUACAACAAGAGAAGGCACCAGAAAGCCCAAGAGGCCAUGCGUUCAAGGUGCAGGUGAAGAGUUUAUUGACACCUGCUGCGCAGGAGGACUAACUGCUGCCUUAUGUAAAUAUAAAAGAACAAACUCGUAAAUAUGCAGUAUUAUUGGAGGACAGACAAGCGGAUAAAGACGCCUUUGUUCACCCUGCCGAAGCAUCUGAGUGUCCUAGAUCAAUCAAAUCCAAGUGGGGAUAUUUUGCUUGCUGCUGUACAAUGCUUGCCUUUCUGCUGGUCCUUCUUCAUCGACUACAGGGAUAUCUGCUAAAUUCCAGCCAACUGCAGAGAACCUGAUUCAUGUCUGGAACAUGAGCCAAGAAAUAUUUUUCUCAUACUGUAUAUAUACUUUCAAAUCAUUAUCAUUCAGAUUUUUAAAAAAUGCGAGGACAAGUGCUGUUACUUAGCAACCCACGGUCAACUGAUUGAUAAAUUGUCAUUACAUUUAAAGGCUCAGUGAGGCUGCUUUUCAACCGAUCAGGUUGCAUGGUUGAAACUACCAGUUGUAUGAUGCCCAAUAUAGUGCACUUUCUUUUACAUAAUAUUAUAUUGUACU